AUGGAUUUUUCAAACUCAGAAGAGCCUCCUGCGAAGAAGAGAAGAUUCUUUACCGAAAAAUCGGAGAUACUAGACAACACUGUGGCCCAAGAUACUGUUUUACCAGACGAAGUCGACGCGUUACCCUCAGCAAAUACGACUAAGCCAGCACCUCACGACGAAGAAUUAGGCUCAAGUCAGUCAGCUCUAAGCAAUGGGCCGAUAGGGUUCGACCAGGAGACGUUCGAAAGCUUUGUAGGAGACUCAGUAGACGCAGAUACGCUGAAGAAGAUCCGCGAGGCAUCUGGGGACGAUAUGGAGAAGGCUGUGAAUAUGUACUUGGAUGGAUCUUGGAAAACCGUAUCGACUUGCGUAUCCUCUGGUCGAACGUUAAAUCCGAGGCCCAUGGCUCUCAAUGGGUAUGCCAGGUUCAACUCCAAUGGCGCGAAUGGCAAAACAGCAACUCCAGUCAAAUUGGGACAACCCCCGCCUAAUGUUGAAUUGAAAGACUCGAUGCCAGAGUAUCGAUACGUUGGAGCUUUUGGUGUUGAAGGAUGGGCGACUAGAAGUGGGACAACUUUGAUAAAGCACGGCGAGAUUGUACGAAUUGAGAGACAGAAGAUAUUGCCACCCAAGGCACCUAUUGGGAAGGGCAGAGGCAGGCCUGCGCAGGCACCUGCCCUUCCCAAACCCGGAAGUGCAGCAGCAAAACGGGUUGAUGUGAUUGUGCGGUUCACAAAUACGAGAGGGGAGGAGAUUGGGCGACUUUCACGAGAAGUUGCCAAUUGGGUUUCUACAUUGAUCGACCAGAAAGUAUGCAGAUUUGAGGGGACUUGCGUUUAUGCCCCAGAAAGAAUUCGUACCAACGACACUAUCUUUCUUCAGCUAAGGUGCUCACUACUCCGAUCGGCUUUUGAUAAUGGCCGCUUCAAGGCUCCAGAGAAUCGCCAGACAGGCCUGUUCGAGCAAAAGGAGUCCAUAGAGGAGAAGGAGCUGCGCCUACGUCAAGUCUCACUGGUCAAGAUGUUUGAAGAGGUCAAUUUAGUACCAUCAAGAACAUCGGAAGCUACUGCAAAGCAUAAGCGAGAAGGAUUGCUCCAGGCUGCUGAAGUCGCUGACCAAUACGAAGCUCAGAAACUGAAGAAGGAGAGCUCAAGUGGGGAUUCUCCACCAUCUGAAGAGGCUGAGGAUGGGAAGGAACUUGAACAAGACCAACUGGAUACUCUCUACAAAAAAGCCCAAUCCUUUGACUUCGAUGCUCCCGCCGCAGAGCCGGCUGAUACUUUUGCCAUGGAGUUACGGCAGUACCAAAAACAAGCCCUCCAUUGGAUGAUAUCUAAGGAAAAAGACGAGAAGGAUGAAACUCGAGAGGAGUCUAUGCACCCACUGUGGGAAGAGUAUACCUGGCCAGUCAAGGACAUGGAAGAUAAGGAUGUGCCCCAGGUUACCAACCAGGAACGAUUCUACGUCAAUCCAUAUUCCGGGGAGCUUUCGUUGAAGUUUCCAGUCCAGGAACAGCAUUGCCUGGGUGGUAUUCUAGCCGACGAGAUGGGCCUGGGUAAGACAAUUGAGAUGAUGAGUUUGAUACACUCGCAUAAAUCCGAAGUUGCUAUGAGACUCCAAGAGUCCCGGAGUGGUCCAUCAUCAGUCAAUGCUCUUCCAAGGCAUCCUGAAAGCUCAGCUGCCGUCGAACCAGCGCCAUGCACAACUUUGGUUGUGGCACCAAUGUCUCUGCUGGCUCAGUGGCAAAGCGAAGCCGAGAAUGCGUCCAAGGGGGGUACCUUGAGGACUAUGGUAUAUUACGGAGCUGAGAAAUCAGCAAAUUUGCAGACACUUUGCUGCGAGGCUAACGCUUCUACCGCACCGAAUGUUAUAAUCACGAGUUAUGGUGUGGUUUUGUCCGAGUUCAAUCAGGUCGUCGCCAAGAACGGAGACCGGGGUUCUCAUGGCGGACUGUUCUCUUUGAAGUAUUUUCGUGUCAUACUGGAUGAGGCCCAUCACAUCAAGAACCGUCAAAGUAAGACCGCCAAGGCAUGUUACGAAAUUGAUGCGGAGCAUCGAUGGGUUUUGACUGGAACCCCGAUCGUCAACCGUCUGGAAGAUCUGUUCAGUCUAGUCCGCUUCUUGAGGGUUGAGCCCUGGAGCAACUUUUCUUUCUGGAAAACAUUUAUCACGGUCCCAUUCGAGUCGAAAGACUUCAUGCGCGCUCUUGAUGUCGUACAGACCGUGCUCGAGCCUCUGGUUCUCAGGCGAACCAAAGACAUGAAGACUCCGGCUGGGGAGGCUCUAGUGCCUCUUCCGCUUAAAACCGUUGAGAUCGUAGACAUCGAGCUCUCACCACCAGAGCGAGAGGUAUAUGAUCAUAUUUUCACUCGUGCCAAGCGGACCUUUGCAGCCAACGUGGAAGCUGGUACAGUCUUGAAAGCAUACACCAGUAUCUUUGCCCAGAUCUUACGUCUCCGUCAAACCUGCUGUCAUCCAAUCUUGACCAGAAAUCAGAAUUUGGUCGCUGAUGAAGAGGAAGCUGCUGAAUUAGCAGAUGCUGCCAGUGGCCUUGCAGAUGAUAUGGACCUUCAGUCUCUUAUUGAACGCUUCACAGCAGCUACAGAUGACGCUGCUGAUACAAAUGUUUUCGGCGCGCAUGUGCUUGAACAAAUACGUGAUGAAGCCGAGAACGAAUGUCCCAUCUGCUCUGAAGAGCCAAUGAUCGAGCAAACCGUCACCGGAUGUUGGCACUCGGCAUGCAAAAAAUGUCUCCUCGACUACAUCACACACCAAACCGAUAAGGGGGAAGAGCCGCGAUGUUUCAAUUGCAGAGAGCUAAUCAAUAGCCGUGACAUCUUCGAGGUUACCAAAGACGACACCCAUCCUGAGAAUAUUGAUGGGAAACCUAGAAUCACUUUACAACGGCUAGGUUCAAACUCUUCAGCCAAAAUCGGUGCACUCAUGACCAGUCUCAAAGGUGUAAGGCGCAAAAACCCCGGCACGAAGUCGGUUGUUUUCAGCCAGUUCACAUCGUUUCUCUCACUUAUUGAAAUUGCUCUCAAUCGAGCCUCGAUACCCUUUGUCCGAUUCGACGGUUCCAUGGCGCAGAAGACUCGGAAAGCUGUCAUCGAAGAGUUUACCGCCAGCAACAAAGGAAUGGUGCUUCUGCUGAGUUUGAGAGCUGGUGGAGUUGGCUUAAACCUGACAAUGGCGAGGAGAGUGUACAUGAUGGAUCCUUGGUGGAGUUUCGCCGUGGAGGCCCAAGCUAUCGAUCGAGUGCAUCGCAUGGGUCAGACAGAAGAAGUGAAAGUCUGCAGAUUUAUCGUGAAGGAGAGCAUAGAACAGAAGAUGCUGAAGAUCCAGGACAGGAAGAAGUUCAUUGCAAGCUCCCUCGGGAUGAUGAGCGACGAGGAGAAGAAGUUGCAGCGAAUUGAGGAUAUCAAAGAGCUACUGAGUUGA